AUGCACACAUUUUCCACAUUACCCGUCGAAAUUGUUUAUCGAAUUAUGGAUCAUCAAAAUGAGCUGACACUAUUUUGCUCAAUGCAAAAUAUUUCCCGGCGGCUCAAUCAGAUCCUGAGCACCUAUGAGCCAUAUCGAGUAAAUCGUCCCCCAACAUCACUAUUCCAUAUCACACAUAUACAAUCAGAAACACUCAGCACACUAAACCUCCAAGACCGCAGAAUUCGUGCUACAGGCACACAACACAUUGCGAAUGCGUUGCAAAUGAACACGACACUCACCACGCUACACCUCGAUUCGAACAUAAUCGGUGAUGAAGGGGCACAACACAUUGCGGACGCAUUGCGAACGAACACGACACUCACCACGCUAUAUCUCGCCGGCAACAGAAUCGGUGAUGAAGGGGCACAACACAUUGCGGAUGCGCUGCGAACGAACACAACACUCACCACGCUAUAUCUCACCGGCAACACAAUCAGUGCUGAAGGAGCGCAACACAUGGCGGAUGCACUGCGAACGAACACUACACUCACCACGCUAGACCUCCAAUUUAACGGAAUCGGUGCUGAAGGAGCACAACACAUUGCGGAUGCAUUGCGAACGAACACAACACUCACCACGCUAAAACUCGAUUCGAACAUAAUCGGUGAUGAAGGGGCGCAACACAUUGCGGAUGCGUUGCGAACGAACACGACACUCACCACGGUACAUCUCCGCGGUAACAGAAUCGGUGGUGAAGGGGCACAACACAUUGCGGAUGCGCUGCGAACGAACACAACACUCACCACACUAAACCUCGACUCGAACACAAUCAGUGCUGAAGGAGCAAAACACAUUGUGGAUGCAUUGCGAACGAACACGACACUCACCACGCUAGACCUCCAAUUUAACGGAAUCGGUGAUGAAGAAGGACAACACAUUGCGGAUGCAUUGCGAACGAACACAACACUCACCACGCUAUAUCUCACCGGCAACACAAUCAGUGCUGAAGGAGCAAAACACAUUGUGGAUGCGCUGCGAACGAACACAACACUCACCACGCUAUAUCUCGCCGGCAACAGAAUCGGUGAUGAAGGGGCACAACACAUUGCGGAUGCAUUGCGAAUGAACACAACACUCAAUACGCUAGAUCUCGGCUGGAACGAAAUCGGUGAUGAAGCGGCACACCAGAUUGCGGAUGCAUUGCGAACGAACACAACACUCACCACGCUAUAUGUCGCCGGGAACACAAUCAGUGCUGAAGGAGCACAACGGAUUGCGGAUGCAUUGCGAACGAACACAACACUCACCACGCUAAACCUCAAGUGGAACGGAAUGGGUGCUGAAGGAACACAACACGUUGCGGAUGCGUUGCGAGCGAACACGACACUCACCACGCUAGAUCUUGGCAAUAACCAAACCGGUGCUAGAGGAGCACAACACAUUGCGGAUGCGUUGCGAGCGAACACAACACUCACCACACUAUAUCUCGGCGGUAACAAAAUCGGUGAUGUAGGAGCACAACGCAUUGCGGAUGCAUUAGAAACGAACACGACACUCACCACACUAAACCUUUGCGACAACGGAAUCGGUACUGAAGGAGCACACCGCAUUGAGGAUACGGUGCGUAGGAAUGCCAGCAUCAAUGUGGUGUAG